GUUACAUGCUUGGCAUGGAAAGCUGAGGAAGGACGUUAUUGGACUGCAUUUUUUUUUGCUUGUGUUGGAUUCAGUGUGUUGGUUAAAAUAACCAGAUUAAAUUGUUACUGUUCUAUUUUUCGAAAAGCCAAACACAAAUGCUGGAUUAAGGUCUCUGUUUUUUAACCGCUGUGCUACCUUGUGGAUGUGAACAUUUGUUCUGGACCGAUGGCUGUGCUUUGCCAAUCAGCAUGUAGAUCUACAGUUGCAUUAAAGAGCCUCGCUCAGGACCUUUUGACCCAGUCACCAUGGAUGGGAUUCUUCCGUUUUAAGUUUACCAAAGCACGCAUUCCAGCAAAAGCCUUUGAACCACGACCUGAAGAUCAUGAAACGUAUGGGGGAAAUCCUGAAGAACCACAUAAACUGCAUCUUGUAACCAGAAUCAAAAGUGUCAAAGGUCGCCCUUACUGGGAAAAGAAAAUAGUAAACGAUCUUGAUCUGGGCAAGGCUCAUCAUCCACGAGUGCACAAGAACAUUCCUACAGUUAAUGCAAGGCUAAGAAUUGUCAAGCAUCUAAUAAGGGUACAGCCUCUGAAGUUACCACAAUGUCUCCCAAAUGAAGAAGAAUAUGCUAACACUUUCCUGAAGAGCACUGGGGAACUAGUUGUAUAUCAGAAGCUGAAGCCAGUUGAGCAGAAAGCUAUUGAAUCUUAAAUCUGCCUAGAAGUGUGUUGCUGUUUUGUGUAUACAUAUAUAAAAUAAAUGUAGUAGUACCUUUAAAAACA